UCGGGGCUCCCGGAAAGCUCUGCGAGCGCUCUUCGGGAGGCAGGGCUGCUCGGGCUGGCAGCAGGGCCGCUGUGGGCUCUCUGUGCUCCCAGCUUCAACGUCUCGGGCGGCCGAGUCUCUACCGGUGGCUGAAUUCCUAGACCCUGCUAAACAUUUACCAUUUUGGAAUUUAAAGUAUGACAUCAUGGCAAAGUUUCGAAGAAGGACUUGCAUCACUUUGUCACUUUUUAUUCUAUUUAUUUUCUCUCUGAUGAUGGGUUUAAAAAUGCUGAGACCACAUAAAGCUGCUUUUGGAGAUCCUUUUGGACUUGACCUUCUUCCAGAAAUUCGGCAACAAACUCCUCAUUUGGUAAAAACUUUUGAUUCCCAAAAGAGUGACAGAAUCGACAGUGAAACAAACGUCAAGAAUUUAAAAAGUGUUGAAAUCACUAUGAAACCUUCCAAAGCCUCUGAACCUUACCCAGAAGAACUGCCACCUCGGAAUUAUUUUUUACAUGUAUUUUAUUACAGCUGGUAUGGAAAUCCACAAUUUGAUGGUAAAUAUAUACAUUGGAACCAUCCAAUCCUCUCGCAUUGGGACCUUAGAAUAGCCAAGAAAUAUCCACAAGGGAAACACAACCCCCCAGAUGACAUUGGCUCCAGCUUUUACCCAGAGUUGGGAAGUUACAGCUCUCGGGAUCCUUAUGUCAUUGAAACGCACAUGAAACAAAUGUACUCAGCUUCAAUUGGUGUACUAGCCCUAUCUUGGUACCCACCUGACUCAAAUGAUGAGAAUGGAGAACCUACUGAUAACUUGGUACCAACUAUUUUGGAUAAAGCUCAUAAAUAUAAUCUGAAGGUCACUUUUCACAUUGAACCAUAUAAGAAUCGAGAUGAUAAAAACAUGUACCAAAAUAUCAGAUACAUUAUAGACAAAUAUGGAAAUCAUCCUGCCUUUUACAGGUACAAGACUAAGAAUGGCAGUGCUCUUCCACUGUUUUAUGUCUAUGAUUCCUAUAUCACAACAGCUGAAAAAUGGGCCAAUCUGUUAACCAGCUCAGGGUCUCAGAGCAUUCGCAACUCUCCUUAUGAUGCAUUGUUUAUUGCACUUCUAGUAGAAAAAAAACAUAGAUAUGAAAUUCUUCGAGGUGGUUUUGAUGGAAUUUAUACGUAUUUUGCCACAAAUGGCUUUACUUAUGGCUCAUCCUAUGAGAACUGGGCUAAGCUAAAAUUUUUUUGUGAUCAGUUCGACCUAAUGUUCAUCCCAAGUGUGGGCCCAGGAUACAUAGAUACCAGCAUCCGUCCGUGGAACACUCAAAACACUCGCAACCGAGUCAAUGGGAAAUAUUAUGAGGAUGCUCUGAGUGCUGCACUCCAAGCCCACCCCAGUAUAAUUUCCAUCACCUCUUUUAAUGAGUGGCAUGAAGGAACUCAGAUUGAAAAAGCUGUUCCCAAAAGAAUCAGUAAUACCGUGUACCUGGAUUACCGGCCUCAUAAACCAAGUCUUUAUCUAGAUCUAACUCGUAAGUGGUCUGAAAAAUACAGUAAGGAAAGAGCAACUUACGCAUUUGAUCACCAGCUACCUGUUUCUUAAUGCAUUGAUUAAAGUUUAAUAAUUAUAGAUAUCACCUAAUUUCAAUACAUUCCUUUUGUUUUGAGUUAUGGAAAGAAAACUAUCAAAGUCAGUAUGUACUGUUAUCUCUAAUAAAAAUAAUUUGUACAUUUUUAAAGGUAGUAAUAUUAUCAUUGCCACCUUUCACGAUGGCGAUGUUGCACUGAGAAAAGUUGUGCAAAUAACAUUCCUUGUGGCAUAAUUUGGUGAAUUUCUGACUGGAAUUGAAAUCCUGCUUUAUAGCUAUUUUUGUUUCACAAUAGGUAAUUGCUUGUGUUAUAUAGAGUAGUUAGCACACAAUUAAAUCCUACUUGUAUUCUGGGCCCAAAGAAAAAGGACUGUGUAUAUAUUUGAUAUGUCUAUUGAAGAACAAAGACCUAAAAGAUAAUGUACAUGGUUCCUUUUUCAUUUUUUUAAUGAUCCAGUCAACUUCAUCAUAUUAGCAUUCAGACUCUGGAUAACUCUCCAAUAACAAUUCUUCAGAAAAAUAUCAUAUGCCUUAAGCCUUACUGUGAACCAUAUUUUGUUAGGAAGGUCUGCUUUCUAUGGUACAAUAUGUAUCAUCAUUUGCAGAUUUUUGGUUUCCUAGAGCUUGCUAGGUGUUUUGCAUGUCUGAUGUUUCUACAUUAUAUUGCUGAAUUUCAGGCUUUAGAAGGAAAAUCUUUUCAUAAAGGUUAAGGAUUGCUUCUCAGUUAUUAAAAAAAAAUAACUGCUUUACAAUUAUGAAAAUACAGUGCCUCAAAUGUUAUUUUAGGAUACCUUGUCAAUCUUUAGCUUAUUUUAUUCAUAUUUUUCAAUUUAAUGUUAAUCAGAGACCAACUGUUAGAUAAGAAAAAGUUGAUACUAUCAUUGGAUUGCCUUCUUUUAAGAUUUUAAACUGUUUUUACUAAAACUAAUAGACAAAAUUUACUUACCAUUUCAGAUUUUAAGGAUAUGGAAAUGAAAGUUCAUUACUAAGUUUGACUUUUUAUUAGGUAUAACACUUAAUGAUGGAAAUAUUUAAGACUUUAUUGUCUAUAAUAUAACAUCCCCAUCUAAAAACAUUAUACUUUUAUGUUACCUAACAGGUUAAAGAGUUGUGAUCAAUUGUCAUAGUGUGACAAAUUAAUCAUCUGUAAAAAUGAAUCUCUUUAAAAACUACAGAAUAAAAUACACUCUAUUAUUAUAGUUAAUAUUUGUAACUAGAACUAUAGUAAAAAAUCUAAUCUAUAUGCUGUUACAUGAAUUUUUUUGAUAUUUAAUUUAUCAAAUGUAAGCAAUAGGGAAAUACUAAACAAUACAUAUAAAUAUUCUGAAUAUAUGGACAUUCCUUCAGAAACAAAUUAGCAGUGGAAUUUAUCAUAAAAUAACUCAUUAGACAAUGAAAUUUAAUUUUAAGCAGUGCUUUUGAAGUUAACUAUCAUGUCUUUGAAAAGAAGCAUGAUUAAUGUUAAACUUAUGAAGCAUGAUUAAUGUUAAACUUACUUAUAACUGAGAAUUUGCCAUUUCUCAGAAUGUUCAGACCAUGGGAAACCAGUAUAAUAGUAAUUUGUAAUUCACCUUGUAGAGGAAAUUACAAGAAUAAAUCACUAUAAUGUUACAACUACGUAUCUUCAUAGGAACACUCAUACAGAUAUAAUCUGUGGAUUUUUUUUUUCUUACAUCCAGUUAGCCACUAUAUGUUAUCUUAGGGAUAAACUCUAAAUAUGUUAUACUUAAUAAUAUUUAUAACAUACCAUAUUUUAUUAAAGGUUAGAGAGAUCUCUAACACACAGGAAUUUUUGUCAUUGCUUAUGUUGUAUGUUUGAACCCAUAAUGACAGACAAUUUUAUGAAAUAGUUCUGAGAUUAAGAGAAAGUGUAUAAAAACAAGGUCAGCAAAUCCUCAACACGGACACCACCAUUUUUCUCUUGCUCCCAUUGCAGACAUAUAGAUAGAUCAUCUAGGACUGCAGAAUUUCCCUCUGAGCUUUGUUCUAAUGCACUACCCCAACCAGCCACUGACAGUUGGUUUCAAAGAUAAAAUAAAAUAGAUUCUGUCUUCAUUGCAGAAAGUUAAUUAAUUCUCAAGGGAAGAAUGUUUGGAAUCAGCUCUAAUGAUAGUUUACUGAUUUAUAACUAUUUGAAUAUGUUUCUUUUCUCCUGUUCUUAAAAAAAACAGUUAUUAGAAGGAAUUAUCUCUAAUAAUUUUGUUAUUCUUAGGGAAGAACGCUUUCAAAAUCUUCCUCAGGUAUUCAUUACACCUGCCUUUACCAUUUGACUUAUAACAAGUUUAGAUUGCAUAAUCACAAGAAAUCAAUUCUUUGCUUUUAUUUAAUUCAAUAGACUAAAGUAACUGUUAAAGAAAAACAGUAUAAUAUAUGCAAUGCAUGAAUCAAAAUGAAUUAUUUUAUGGUUUAAUCAGUCUAAUUGUUUUGACUGUAUAGAAAUCAAAUCUUUCUUUUACUACUCUCUUUAAGGACUGAUAUUGUCAAAAACUGCUGUAAUUGAUGUUGAUCUCAGCUGUAUAUUAACUUUUUUGUUUUAAGAGUAGUUUAAAAAUGACUAUUUUGUAACAUGAAGUAGUUAACUUUCACCUAAUAAAAGCAUACAGGGAAUAAAUUGUAUCUUAGAUAUAAAAAUCUGU